GCAGCAUCCAACCUAUCGUCGGCAAUUUAUAACCUACAGCGCUACGUGUAUCAAUACCGGUUGACGAUGUAAAUGGUAUAAUUAAUUACGACAGAACGAAUGGAACACUCCCCUGCGAAGCGGCGCAAAACGUCGCCAACAACCUCACUCCCCAUCAACGCGCCCACGACCCCGAGUCGAAUUCCCGUACUGCGAAGAGAUGGAGACAAAACUCCUACGAGCAGGCCUUCUUUCGCGUCGCCUACGAAAGCGAGUUUUUCUAGACACAAUCCGCAAUUGCUGAGUCGUCCUACGUCUUCUGGGGCAGGCUCAGGGAAACCAGGUGGGAAGGAGGAGAUAGAUGGGUUAUUUGCGAAGUUUUUGGGAGGAAACCCUGCUGGGAGUGAGGAUUUGGGAGUUACUGAGGAACCGGAAAGGGCAUCAUCACAAGGGGCGACAGGACAAGGAGUAGGCACAGCGCUGGGGACGAGUAGGCCAGUUACGCCUAGGGGGAAGAAGUCGGUAGUGACAGGGAAACCGAGAAGGAGGUCUCAAUCACCUAUGAAGUCGCCGGUGAAAGUGCAAAAUUUCACGGGAACAUCCAAUGUCCCUGAUAUAUACCGCGGGGACUUGCCUGAUAAUCCAUUUCAGAAGAAAGGAGGAUUACGGAGGUCACCAACAACCUCUCAAGGCGAUGCGAUUCCUAACUCAAAUCCUUCUCAGGAUAUUCCAAGUGAUAUAAAUCCGUUUCAGAAAAGGACUGGGUUGAGAAGGUCUCCGAUUUCAUCGCAGCCAGUUUCAUCUCAGCAGCCUGAAGUUGAGAAGGAAGUUCAACAACAACCGGAAACUCCGCCUAUGCCUAAACCUGCUCUUCGAAGGUCUCCUGUUAUCUUGCAACCUCCUGCGCAACCUGAUUCGGCCAUUGCUCAACUUGGAGGUUUCCCUGGGAUUUCGCCAGUACGUAGAGGGGCUUUGAGGAGAUCACCUGUGAUUGCAGUUACACAGCCUUUGGAACCUGUGCCUAGUGACGAUGCACCACUUGAAAACGAGCCCGAGCUCGAACGUCCAAAUACAACUGCAAGAGUACUAAGGAGAUCCCCAAUAUUACGUUCAUCGCCACCUGUGGAGGUUAAUGCACCAAUAGAACCAGAAAAUCCAUUACCAAUUCGGGGGCGUCUUAGGAGAUCACCGGUGGGCAAUUCAUCGCAAGACCCAGUAAACGCAAAGGAACCAUCAGCCUCUCCUGCUGAGACUGAGACUCAAAAUUCUCUAAAGUCUAGGUUGAGGAACUCACCGGUCCAUUCUAUCCAGCCAGCUGAGACACAAGCCGCCAUUGAAGAAAAGCAACCCGAAGUCCCAACAUUCCGAAAAUCUGCUUUGCGCAGGUCUCCGAUAGUAGGAGCUCCAGUUGAGGAAAGCGGAUUAUCUCCUGAUCAGGUGCUAGCAACAACCCGUAGAGGCGCGUUAAGAAGGAGUCCUGUUCAGGCUUCUAAUCCGGAAACUUUGCAAGCCCCACCUAGCCAGACGGAAUCUACAACCCCUACAGCGCCAGUUCCCGCUAUUGCAAGAAUAUCUCUUGGGGCAAUUGAGUUGGAAGAGACCAUCGUUCCAGAAUUGGAUGAAUCUCCGCUCAUUUCUCUACCAGAGAAAAAUGUAUUCAGUGGUAGCCAACGUCAUGAAGAACCAAUUGCGCCCCUUGAAUUCCCUAAAAAUGUGGAUAUAGAGCAGCAACCUUCAGAUAUGAUUGAACUCGGCCGGCCAAGCAAACCCGGAUUUCAUGGAGAGCCCGAGUUACCACCUACUCCAACUCAAAAAGGUCUCGAUGAUCCAGUGGUUACAACGCCUCCAAAAGGUAUCCACAACACACCAAGUAAGAGAGGUAGAAGAAAUGGGGCUUUAGUUGAGAAGCUGAGAUCAUCACCCCUGAAGCCUCGUAGUCAGGUAACGGAAUCGAGUCAAGAAAUCAUCCCAGAUUCACAGCCAGAAAUUAUCUCUGCUCCAAAGCCGAAAAUUGAUCAAUCGACAAAACGCCGAAAGUCUGCUAGAUUUACAAUCCCAGAGGAUCCGCACGCAGAGAAGAGGAAAGCUAGAGAUGCUUUACUGAAGCAGCUUCAAGAAUUGCAAGCAGAUGUAGCUCUUGCAAAUCAAGAAAAUGAGCGAUUACGGGCCCAUCAAGAGGCAGGAAAGCGACGUGCGCCUAUAGCUCCCAAUUCCGAAGAGCUGCUGGCAUUUCUAGAACGAUCUACGCAGAAACCCGUGCAAGACAAGCCGAAACCAGUGAGCAUAUUCAAAUCUAUCAAUUCAUUCUUGCCAUUUUCGUCUCGACGGAAGACACAAGCUAUUAGGAUUUCAGAGAUUGAAAAACCACUCCCUUCUCAUCUACCGACCCAUUUAGACGACCCUCUUCCGUAUUUACAAGCUUUCUCACCAUUGAUGUUUACUUCUACUGUCACACUUGAGGAGGAGGCAUCGGCGCAGAAAUAUGUUAUACAUGCUUCUCAUCCUUCAGGCUCGUUUGCUGCAAGGAUUGAUAUGCUUGUUGACUCGGAGAGUUUAUCUGUGAAGCAGCUUGAAGUCCCGAGACUUGAUCCUGCAGCUGAGCAAGAACUCGGAGCUUUCGUCAGAUCAAAGACUAAAGAUGGCAGAAGCAAGGAACCUGGUGUCAUUUGCUGGUCUAUGGGACGUUGGACGGAGGUCGCUGUUCAGAGAGCAAAGUUCUGGUGUGAAGUUGAGAGCCAACUUGGUACACCUGAAGCCAGAGCCAAAUCUUUGAAAGCUCUGAGAACGGGAAGGAAACGCAAGAGAAUGGCUAUGGCAGAGGAAGAUGAAGAUGAAGGUUCUAGCAACGAGAAACCUGCGUGGACUAGGAAGCAGUUACUACUUCACAUGGGACGGACCAGUAUGGAGAUAGUCAACGAAGAAGUUGAGAUUCUCCUAGAAUGGAAAAUCGGCUUUGAUUUGACGGGUGAGGCAGAGAGUUCGAUUUCUGCGAAUGCGAGGGUUCCGAAGAGUUGUAUGUAUACCACUUUCCCUUCUUCCCCUUUCCCUCUUACUCCCCAUCCUCAUCCUUUCCAACAACGAACCUUUCAACUAAUGUCUCCACAGGGCAACAACAAGACGAAAGAAACACCCUCCCUCAAAUCCCCGACAUGUUCCAGAAACUCGUCAAAGAGAAAGGACCAUGGGGUGCGGUGACGGGGGUUGUGGGUUUGCUUAUGAGAGAUACGGAUGGGGAUUCGUGAGGAGUGUUGUGGUGUUGUAUUAUAGAUGGAUGGGUGGAUGGCUUUCCUUUUUAUGCUAUUGUAGCUAGCUGUGGGAUUUUUCUUUUGCAUCCUUUUGGAUGAGGUUGCUUGGCUUGGCUUGGCUUGGCUUGACUUGUAUAUUGCUGAAGAGAAGGGGGUUUGGGGGUGAGUGAUGAAUCUUUUUUCUUGCUUCUUUUCUUCUUGCUUGCGUCAUGGUGUCGACUUUUGAUUGGGUGCUUUAGUGGGUGUUUCUUUUUGCCUGAACAUGAUAUUGCUGAGUGCGUAGUUGAAUUAUGAGACUUCCUUGUCCUCAUCCUUCUCCUUCUCCUCCUUAUACAGUACCUACCUACUCCCAACAAUACCAGAAAUUAUCCCAGAAACUAUCCCAAAAUCAAUAAGACCCUUUACUAACUACAACUCAGUCACUCAAGAAUUCCAAGUCCACAAUCCUGCAAAAUACUCAAAAAACCAAACAUUUCCAACUCUACUCAUCAAAACUCAAAACUCACCACUCAAAGACAACAAAAACAUUCUCUCAACAAAAUAAACCAAGUACUGUAUCGUGUUCUGUGCUGGAUUCUCAUCGCUGAAGUAGUAAUUUGUAAUGCUGGAUCCAUAUCACUGGUAUCGAUUUUUUUUAAGUCAACUGAAAAGUACUACUGAGUUGUUUGUGUGAGGUUUUCUUUUUUGUUGUAGUUUUGUUUGUGG